AUGGGGAGAGAUGCUCUGAAGGCCAUGGACCAUGUUUCCCUUGUGGACAGGCUCAAAGCUGGUGGAAGUAGCCAGCUUUCCCAAGCCCUCAAUGGGUUGUCAGACAGAGCCAAGGAAGCAAAAGAGUUCCUGGUCCAGCUCCGCAACAUGGUGCAGCAGAUCCAGGAGAACAGCGUGGAGUUUGAGGCCUGCCUGGUGGCCCAGUGUGAUGCCCUCAUUGAUGCCCUCAACAGGAGGAAAGCCCAGCUGCUGUCCCGGGUCAACAAGGAGCACGAGCACAAGCUGAAGGUGGUGCGAGACCAGAUCUCCCACUGCACGGUCAAGCUGCGCCAGACCACGGGCCUGAUGGAAUAUUGCCUGGAGGUCAUCAAGGAGAACGACCCCAGCGGGUUCCUGCAGAUCUCAGAUGCUCUCAUCAGGAGAGUGCACUUAACUGAGGACCAGUGGGGAAAGGGGACACUCACACCCCGGAUGACCACGGACUUCGACCUGAACCUUGACAAUGCUCCUCUGCUGCAGUCCAUCCAUCAGCUCGACUUCGUGCAGAUGAAAGUUUCCUCCCCAGUGCCGGCCCCCCCGAUCCUGCAGCUCGAGGAGUGUUGUACCCACAACAACAGUGCCACCUUGUCCUGGAAGCAGCCCCCCUUGUCCACGGUGCAGGUGGAAGGCUACAUCCUGGAGCUGGAUGAUGGCAACGGCGGCCAGUUCAGGGAGGUGUAUGUGGGCAAGGAGACCAUGUGCACGGUGGACGGGCUCCACUUCAACAGCACCUACAGCGCCCGCGUCAAAGCCUUCAACAAAACUGGAGUCAGCCCCUACAGCAAGACCCUGGUCCUCCAGACAUCCGAGGGUAAGGCAUUGCCACAGCUCCAGCCCCGUUUAGACACGCAGUCAGAAGAACAGACCCUCCCUUUUCCAGUGCCUUUGGAAAGAUCGCAGCUUCGUAGAAUGAGUCCUUUCUCCUCCACCCUUAAUCUACAACCCAGCUUCCCCGGGAGGUCCUACUUUGAGCUAAGAUCUUCGGCCCACCAGCUGAGCUUGCAUUCUUCUUUACAGUCCCUGAAUUCAGCCGGAUGCAAUUUUGAGACACAAGGAACGCCUUACUCUCAAUUAGUUGACAUUAAAAAAAUGGUGGCAGUCGCUUGGUUUUCUUUCGAUCCUUCCUCUGCCCACGCUGACAUCAUCUUUUCUAAUGACAACCUGACUGUCACCUGCAACAGCUAUGAUGACAGGGUUGUGCUGGGGAAAACGGGCUUUUCCAAAGGGCUCCACUACUGGGAGCUGUCGAUCGAUCGGUACGACAACCACCCCGACCCGGCCUUUGGCGUGGCACGCAUUGAUGUCCUCAAGGAUGCCAUGCUGGGCAAGGAUGACAAGGCCUGGGCCAUGUACGUGGACAAUAACCGGAGCUGGUUCAUGCACAACAAUUCACACACCAACAGAACCGAGGGCGGGAUAACAAAAGGCGCCACGGUGGGAGUGCUGCUGGACUUGACCAGAAGGACACUGACAUUCUCCAUCAACGAGGACCAGCAAGGGCCUGUGGCCUUCGAGAACCUGGAGGGCCUUUUCUUCCCUGCAGUGAGCCUCAACAGGAACGUGCAGUCCCUGCCUCCUCACUCCCCAUCCCCAGAUGGUGCUGGGCCAAGUGCCUAG